AUGGUAUCUCCCCUGCUGAUAUGGCUGCGAAAACUAACGGAGCCAAUGGAGUGGUAUCCGUGGGACGUGGUACUGGAAUCGAUAGUAAGUCAACGCAAGAAAUCUGACGAAUUAGACAAGAAAGGCUCAUACUGCUCCUGGCCCAGUCCUGGUGCACGCACUGACAGUGACAGCUGGGUCUACAUUCUUAACAUUUCUAAGGAGUUGAACGCUGAGUGGACGUGGAAGGAACGGUAUCCUGGUCAGGACGAGGUGCUAGAGUAUCUCAGUCAUGUCGCGAACCGAUUUGAUAUACGCAAAGAUAUCCGAUUCCACAUGCUGGUGAAGUCUGCCACAUGGGACAAUACGCAAAGUCUAUGGAAGAUCAACACUACACAGGGCGAAGAUGUCACCUGCAGAUACUUCAUCCCUGCAACUGGCGCCCUGUCGGUUGGUAAAAGCCUCCCUUUCCCUGGCGUCGAGAAGUUUAAAGGAGAGUCAUACAUUACAUAUGCUUGGCCUCAUCGUCCAGUCGACUUCAAGGGGAACCGGGUUGGCAUCAUUGGAACGGGAGCAACUUCUGUCCAGAUGAUUCCAACGAUAGCUCAUGCGGCAACGUCGGUCACCGUCUUCCAAAGGACUGCAAACUAUGUGCUUCCAGCCCGAAAUCACCCUUUGACCUCGGAGCAGCAAGAAGCGAUCAAGAGGAAUUACAAUAAUAUCUGGCAAGAAGCAAGAAGACAAAUGUAUUGUAUGGCCAUCAAGGACUCUACAAUAACCACAAAGGACAUGAAGAACGACACUGCGAUUCAACGAGUCCUGGAAUGUGGAUGGGAAAUAUGGAAUUUCCACCAGACGCCCGAGACACGACAAUCUUGGCCGUGGGUGCAAGAUUUCAGGCCGCCUUCAACUUUACAGUCACAUUGCCGGAUCUACAAAGGCGGGUAUUCUUUCCGUGGACCACGCCGAGACGCUUCAGAGAGGCGAGAAGCCGGCAGACUUGAACGAGGGGUGCAGCGUUGCGCACGAUGCGGCUUCAUAUCUGUUGAAAACGCCCGGCCCUCUCCCGCAAAGGCAUUGGGAUAA